GACACGGACUCCUGAUUCCACUUUGGAGGAGAAACGAAUGUCCACAAUUCUGCAUCUGCUCAUCUGUCUGGGCUGACAGGUUUUAGGACCAGAAACCUUCUUUUUCUGCCUUCUGGCAGCACUCUGCGCCUUCUGCCUCCUCCCCCCUCCUUUUCCUGUUUCCGUCCGAUCAUGUGUGCCGCUGGCCUUCAGGACACCGUUCGCUUCAGAUUUCCCCACCAGCGUCUCAGCGUUAAUGUAGCAGGGAGAUAAACAGGCCAGCUGAUAAACGGGAAAAGAUACAUUUAAGAAGAGAUCCAGGAGAUGUCCUCUGACAGAUCCCGGAGAUGCUGUCUGACAUGGAGAAGGCUGUGCGGGUGCUGCUGCUUUGGAAGCACAGAGGAACAGGCCCGAGAGCUCAACUACAAGUCAAGUCCAGGAUGGACGGCCCUGCUCCCUUUUCAUAGCCUGCACCCUCCACGCUCUGACAGUGGAUAUUGUGAAGAAUCUCUAAGCAGUACUUUUAAGACGUCAAACAACAGCUCCCAGACUUGUCCUUCCUCAGAAUCUGAAGAACCAUUAACAGGAGAGCCAACAGUGCACAUCCCUCUUGAAGUUCUGUCUUGGUGGAGUUGUGGUUUUUAUGACCCCCGUGCUCUGGUGGUAACCUCAUUGCAAAGAAGGGUCCCAGGCAGUAGCAAAUCAGAAGACCAGGAAUCUUCACAGACACAAGAAUCAGAAGAGACUUGCUUGGAAGAGAAGACACUCGUGCCCCUCGAGGCUCCUAAACUCUUUUCUGGGGUUGGACCAGCUUGUCAUAGUUAUCAGUUUCUGGGACCUGAAGGAAACGUGGAUAUUGAGUUGAUUGAUGAGAGUGCAAGCAAAUACAACGUCCACUUCCCCAUGGCUGGCUUCUAUCUGUGGCCAGCGACACACCUUGGAUUCUUGGUAACAGCAGCGGGGACCGUGAGGAUAGCGUUCGAUUCUUGGAGUCAGAAUCUGGACCUGAAGUUACAGCACGAGGAACAGUGGAUGGUGGCAGGCCCACUGUUUGAUAUCUCCGUGGAGCCCGAGGGGGUCAUUGCUGAAAUCCACCUCCCUCACAUCAUCUCCCUGUCAGCAAAUGAAGUCGAUAUGUCUUGGUUCUACGUUGCCCAUUUUAAGGAUGAAGGGAUAGUCCUAGAGCCACCAGCCCGAGUAGAGCCUUUCUAUGCCAUCCUGGAAAACCCCAGCUUCUCUCUGAUGGGAAUCCUGCUGAGAUUGGCUAGUGGGGCUCGUGUUUCAGUCCCCAUCACUUCCACGACACUGCUCUAUUAUCACUUCUACCCUGAAGAUACUAAAUUUCACCUGUACCUUAUCCCCAGUGACUCCUUGCUAACGAAGGCAAUAGAUGAAGAAGAAACUAAGUUUCAUGGUGUGCGUCUGCAGACCUCACCCCCCGUGGACCCCCUGAAUUUUGGUUCCCGUUAUAUUGUGUCCGGUUCAGCUCACCUGGAAAUAAUGCCCGAGGAGCUGAAAUUAUCCUACAGGAGUCCUGGGGAAAUCCAGGUGUUCUCUAAAGUCUUUGCUGGGAAGAUGGAGGAACCAAUCAUACUUGAAGUUACGGACAAAAGACACAAGACUUUGGUCUGGCGCACUUUGGUGAAGCCAGUGGAGCUCCAGUUUUGUGCUGCAUCACCGCCUUCUCCCCUCUCAGCUGAGGCCUUUAUGAAGGAGCACCGCCGGCACCUGCAGGCCAGGCUGGGGGACCUGAGCGGAGUACUAGAUGAUCUUCAGGACAGUGAGGUCCUCACGGAGGAAGAGAAGGAGCUGGUGCAGCAGUUGCCGACACAGCAGAGGAAGAAUGAGACCCUGCUGAGGAUGGUGGAGAAGAAAGGGCCCCAGGCCCUGAAGAUAUUCUUCAGAAGCCUUCAGCAAAGAGAUCCUUACCUGAUGUCCUACCUCAGCCAGCAGAGUUUAUAGCAGUGACUCAGGCCAAUACUCAGGAAGAGAGAAUCCCGUGUUCUGCACUGAAAAUGGAUAAACAGGCAUGCUUGGGUGGCUCAGUUGUUUAAACGUCUGAUUCUUGAUUUCAACUCGGGGUCAUGAGAUUGAGCCUUAUGUUGGGCUCUGCACUCGGCUCAGAGUUUGCUUGAGAUCCUCUCCCUAUGCCUCUCCUCCCACUCUCUCUCUCAAAUAAAUUAAAUCAAUCUUAAAGAAAAAAAGAAUGAAAAUGGAUAAAUGGAUACGCGAUCAUUGAGUUCAAUACCCAAGACAAAAGUGGUCAGUAACACCCAGCCAUCACACAGGUUUUAUUGAGGACUGAUGUGUAACUAGGCAGAUACCUAUUUCUGUAUCCUCAUAUCUUCCCCUCAACAAUAUCUCAAGAGAGUAGGAAUAUUCAUACUAAAUAUUUUUUUAAGCCGGAUUUUAAAAAAAUUCCCAGUUCACCCAUUGACCUAUUUCUUGGAAAUCUGGGCAGAGGAAGGCAAGGCCAGGUGUGGUUAUGAUUGACAGGGCCCAGGGAGACCAAGUCUCCUGAGUCACGUGAGAAGCAAUUCCAGUGAACAUUACAUCUGAGCUGUUACCUGCUCAUAGUGAAAUCUAGAAAGGCUUACAAAACUCCCUUUUGAAGACAUUCAUGAAAUUCACAAAUUUUGAUUUUUUUAAAAAUACACUGUGUCUUUAACAUUUUAUCCGUUGCUAUUUCUACUAGGAUGAUGAAGUCCCUUGAGGGAAUAGAGCUCAGGAGCGGAAGCAAAUGCCAACGUUGGCAGAAAACCUUUGGUCUCUGGUAUAUAGGCUGGUACCAGGAACGGGCACAUUCUGGGUCACACAACUUCAUGGAACAGCUCCGUGGAUCGCAGAGGCGGAGUAUGGAUGAAUGGUGUCCACAGAAGCAGUGAGGGGGAAAAGGAGGAGCAUCCAGUGGUUGUGAGGGAGGCCCUCCUGGCAGGUAUGUCAGAGAAAUAGGUAGAACCUGCCAUUGGGUUUCUGCCAUUGGACCCUGCCAUUUUGUAUGUGUCCCAGCUGCCUUUGGACCAGUGUUUGCGUGACAUAAGUAAUGAUAUCCUCUGACUUUGAGCCCAGUUAUUUCCUUGUAUUUGAAGUAAGUUUGUGGAAGACAGCCUAGAGUUGGGUCAGUUGGCUUUUUUUUUUUUCAAAGAUUUUAUUUAUUUGACAGAGAGAGAUCACAAGCAGGCAGAGAGGCAGGCAGAGAGAGGAGGAAGCAGGCUCCCUGCUGAGCAG